GUUUCCGGUAGCUUUCAGAAAUAAUAGAAAGAGAGAGUGAAAGAGAACGAGACAGACAGAAUUUACGAACACACGUGAUAUGGCACUUUCAGCCAAAAACGAAACUUUAAAACUAGUACCAUGGUUUUCAUUGGCGGAAUGGCAUCAAGUUUACAAACAAAUUUACUCAAACGACACCCAGUUACAGACAAAAGGUUAUGAAACUCUGCUAGCAUGGAAGGCCCGAAUGGAAAAAUUACCAGUUGGAGUAGACUGUACUCUGUCAUUAAUGCAAGUAUGCCUUCGAGAUAGAGAUUGGAGUCCUAAAAUAAACAAUGGAGAAUUGCCAAUGACUUAUGAAAAUGACUUGUGUUUGUUAUACUCGACGACAAUUAUGAAAUUUUUAAAUCAUAUUGCUAAUAUUGGUAAUACAAGACAUACUUCAUUGUUUAAAAUAGCAAGACAAUUAAAAAUACCCAAAUGGAUUGUUGAGCUGCGACACAAUGCAGCUCACGGUCAUGAACUUGCUUCAAUUGAAUUAUUAAGAACGGCAGCUAAUGUGUUAUUAAGUUGGGUACACGAUGAAUAUUGGACAGCUGAGGGUCAAAAAAGUAUUGACGAGCAGCGUUCUAUAGAUUUUGAUAACCCUGACAACGAAGAAACUGCUGAAGCCCGAGUACUUGUUGAUCUCAUUGAGUUAUGGAUUGCCGUUGGUCUCUAUAUGGCCGUUGACUAUCAUUCUGUCUCUGAUUUACCAGAUGAAAAUCUUCGUGACACACUAAAUGAUUUGAAAAAUUACUCUAAAAAAUCACGAAAUAACGAAGACUUGGUCAGCAAAAAAGAAAAUAAUGACAGUGAUUAUCCUUUAUCUGUAGCACGUUUAUAUUUAUUGAAUGAUGUUUUUACAAUUCUCAGUUGUUAUAAAACUUCGUAUGACAAGACACAAGUGGUGUUGAAUAUUUUAUUUAAAAAUGAAUCUUUUUUGCCAACAUCUGAGUUUCUUAAAUUGCUUGUUGCCAAGUCUGAGUCCAAUGACAUGCAUGACGAUCUACGUUUACCAACAUCAAUGAUAAAACUUUGGCAGCCUUUUAUUGCUAUGAUGCAUGAGAGAAAAAUGCUUGAAGCUUUAACAUUAAAAUUACUUGAAUUUGUAAACUCAUCAGCAAAUUAUCACCGUAGAUUAUGUGCUGGAUUGUGGAUUAAUUCAAUUGCUCAAGGUUUAAUUAAAAUAAAAAAAGCUCAAAAGAUACCCAUAUUUGAGUAUUCAAUGUUGGAGGAUAAUAAAAAAAGAAAUCCAAAAUUAUUAGAAUUAAAAUUGAAAGAAGAAAUAAAUAAUUCUCAUCCAGAACUGGAGCACGCGCUUUGGUUAAAUUUUACGUCUGAUAUUCCAUCGAUGUUUAUGAAUAUUAAUUUUGCAACUGAUUUGGCAAUUAAUGCUAAUGAAUUAACAAUUAAAUUUAUUGAACCAAUUUUAGAUUUAGUUGAGCCACCUCUUGAUCCAGAAAAAAAAAAUAAAUUGCUGUAUUUUAUUCGUAUGCAUACGAAUAUUGAUGUCGAUACAAAUAAUGUUACGAAUAAUAAAUAUUCUCAGCUUAACAAUAAAAUAUAUACUAUUGAAGAUGUUAAAAAAAUUACCGAAAGUGAAUUUGAUAUUUUCGGUUGUAAUGAUAACAGUAAUAGCAAUAAUGAUUACAGUAAAAGUAAUGAAACAAGUGAGAAAAUAGAAUUAGAUGAUAUGAAAGUACGUAAUACUAGUCGGAAAUUAGUAUCAGAUAAAUACUACUGGAAAGAAAGUUAUAUUGGUAUUCUGCCAUGGCAAAUUGAUAAUUUGGAAAGAAUUGAACCUGAAGAUAUUACUCCAAAAUUACUUUGUCCUUCAAGAGAGUCUGAUAUUAUUCCAGGAAUAAUUGACAGUAAAACAAUUAUGUCUCGUAGUCAAGUUGAUUGGGACACAGUUUUGCUAGAAAAAAAACAGGGAGUAAAACGUAAACGUAAAAACAAUUACGCUGAUGAUAUGAUAAAUAAAGCUAUUGAAAUAGUUAAAACAAAAAAACAAUAAAAUUUUUUUUAUAUAAAUUAUAAAUAAAAAAAUAUUUUAAUAAUUUCA